GUCCAUCCUCUCCGUGUCUACCGUCUUAGGCCGUUUAAAUCAACCUGUUCUGUAUCUUAGGGAACUCGUAGAAUAUCGUAUGAGACUUGAACGUCACAGCUUUUCGUGCUACCAGCAAAAUCGACCGAAGCUAUGGACAAGAUUUCCCUUAUCCCCAUCGUCGGCGUGGCUCUAUCGCUUGUCGUCGUCUUACAGCUCGGGCGAACAUGGUGGCGAUUGAGACACAUACCAGGGCCUUUUCCGGCGAGCAUAACCAACUUUCAGCGCGUAGGCUGGGUUAAGACCAAGAGGGCACAUCUUAUACUACAAGAUAUGCACAAGAAGUAUGGAGAGGUCGUGCGUAUUGGUCCGAACAUGGUGUCUUUUAGUAACCCUGAAGUCAUUCCGAACGUUUAUCCAGCCCGAAGUGGCUUCCCAAAGGGAGACUUCUAUGUGACCCUUCGACCUUACACAAGAGGCGGCGGCGCCUUGCAUGCCGUUUUCAACACUACGGAAGAAGAUCUACACAAGCAGAUCAAAAGCCCCAUCGCGCCAAUGUUUACCCCCGCAAAAACACCUUCUUUCGAGGGACUUGUUGACGAAGUUCUGGUGUGCAUCCACGAGAAGCUCGAUGAGAACUUUAUCGAUAAUGAGGAAAUCUUUAACCUAGGCCAAUGGCUUCAGUACUUCGCGUUCGAUGUAAUGGGUACCAUGACCUUUUCGAAAAGAUACGGGUUCCUAGACACCGGGAAAGACGUCGGGCGGAUGCUUGGCACGAUCGUGGACUUCAUGAGGGAUGCCGCACCUAUGACUCAAAUCCCCUGGCUCGACUGGGCGCUGCGCAAGAACCGAAUCGGAGAUUCAAUCCAGCGUCUGUUCGGGAAAACAGCAUCCCUUGGAAUCCUCGGAUUCGUGGGCAAAGCUAUCAAAGAAAGGCAGGAACUCUUAUCCAAAGGAGACUUCAAAGUCAGCGAUGAAAGUAGCGGCAGAAAGGACUUCCUCACCCGGUUCAUCGAACUUCAGAAGGAGAAUGCUUCAGUACCAGCUUGGGCCCCUACAGCAUGGACUUUUUCCAACGUCAUCGCAGGUUCGGAUUCCGUAGGUAGCCUCAUGCGCACGACCAUGUUCAAUCUAUUGGUAUACCCGCACACACUAGAAAAACUAUACGACGAGCUUCGCACUGCAGGUGUAUCGCAUCCCUAUCCCAAAUGGAGCGAGAUUCGCAACCUGCCGUAUCUAGAUGCCUGUGUUCAAGAAGGAGCUCGCAUGCAUCCGCCCUUCGCGCUACCCUUCGAGCGUGUUGUACCCGCGGGCGGCAUCACCAUCCUUGGUCACUAUCUGCCCGGCGGGACCGUGGUAGGUGGUAGUCCUUAUGUCGUCAACCGCCACAAGGAGACGUUCGGACGAGAUGCCGAAUUCUGGAGGCCGGAGAGGUGGCUCGAGAAGGAUGAAAAGCAUAAGCAGAAACUCGAGCAGGGUGUGCUGACUUUUGGUGCCGGAAGACGUGUCUGUCUAGGCAAGCACGUGGGUAUUCUAGAGAUUAAGAAGUUGAUCUCGUUUCUUGUUCUGAAUUAUGAUAUCCGUGUUGUGAACCCUGAAAAAUUUGAGCUUGAAAACUCAUGGUUCUUUUUCCAGAGGGGGCUUUACGCUACAAUUCGGAAGCGGUCUGAACCGGUACCGACGGAAAAGCAACAAGAAUAAGUCGAUUAGGCGAAUUUUCUUAGGAGUGAAAAAAUUAGAUGGUCAGAUUGUCUUAGACUGGGGUAAUCACUGGAAUAAAUGACCUUUGAAGUAAAUAACAUAUGGCCAGCUAAAUCUCAAUUGACG